CGGGCCGGGGGUGGGGCGCCGCGCAGCACGGGGCGCGCAAGCAGCACGCGGGAAGCACUGCUGCGCGCGCCCUGGCCCCUGGUCCCAGUGGGCUGCGGUCCGCGCGCAGCCGCGCCUCCCUCUCGGAGGCGGGAGGAGCCUGCCGCAGCCAUGUUUGUGGCGCGCAGCAUCGCGGCGGACCACAAGGAUCUCAUCCACGAUGUGUCUUUCGACUUCCAUGGGCGGCGGAUGGCCACCUGCUCCAGCGACCAGAGCGUCAAGGUCUGGGACAAAAGUGAAAGUGGGGAUUGGCAUUGCACUGCUAGCUGGAAGACACAUAGUGGAUCCGUGUGGCGUGUGACGUGGGCCCAUCCUGAAUUUGGCCAGGUUUUGGCUUCCUGUUCCUUUGACCGAACAGCUGCUGUUUGGGAAGAAAUAGUAGGAGAAUCAAAUGAUAAACUGCGAGGACAGAGCCACUGGGUGAAGAGGACAACGCUAGUGGACAGUAGGACCUCUGUUACUGAUGUAAAGUUUGCUCCUAAACAUAUGGGUCUUAUGUUAGCCACCUGCUCAGCAGACGGUAUAGUAAGAAUAUAUGAGGCACCAGAUGUCAUGAACCUCAGCCAGUGGUCUCUGCAGCAUGAGGUUUCCUGCAAGCUAAGCUGCAGUUGCAUUUCUUGGAACCCUUCAAGCUCUCGAGCUCACCCCCCCAUGAUCGCAGUGGGCAGUGAUGAUGGUAGUCCUAAUGCAAUGGCCAAGGUGCAGAUUUUCGAAUAUAAUGAGAACACCAGGAAAUAUGCCAAAGCCGAAACCCUCAUGACAGUCACAGAUCCUGUCCAUGACAUUGCUUUUGCUCCAAACUUGGGGAGGUCAUUCCACAUCCUAGCCAUAGCAACCAAAGAUGUGAGAAUUUUUACACUGAAGCCCGUGAGGAAAGAACUUACUUCCUCCGGUGGGCCAACCAAAUUUGAAAUCCAGGUGGUGGCUCAGUUUGAUAAUCAUAAUUCCCAGGUCUGGAGAGUGAGCUGGAAUAUAACAGGGACAGUGCUGGCAUCAUCAGGAGACGAUGGCUGUGUCCGACUGUGGAAAGCUAACUAUAUGGACAACUGGAAGUGCACUGGGAUUCUGAAAGGUAACGGGAGCCCUGUCAGUGGGAGUUCUCAGCAGGGAAACGCAAAUCCUUCCCUAGGUUCAAAUACCCCAAAUCUGCAGCAUUCACUAAAUGGAUCUUCUGCCAGCAGGUGUUUCUUUCCCCCUCUGGACUCCCCACGGGCUGCAUGGAGCCGGCCCAGCUAUGCCCAGCUCCCUCCUCCUCCUCCUCUGGUAGAGCACUCUUGCGCUGCUGACACUGCCAGCCUCCAGUAUCCUCACCCUCGCAGACCAUCUCUCUCUCGGCCUCUUAAUCCCUUGCCUGAGAAUGAAGGGGUUUGGACAGAGUGCCGACGCUUCCGAGGUCGGGGUGUGUCAGGUGAAUUGUCCACCCGAAAUACUGUAGUACACACAAGGGCGGUGCCUUCAGGCUGGAGUACGACUUCAAGCUUCAAAUCCGGGCGCGCACCCUCGUCCAAUCAGCGCGCUCGUCCCUUCGCGCUGUCCAAUCCAAAGCCCGCUCGGUGUCCCCGCCCCUCGCCUCGUGCCGCGAACCGACGUAAACCCGAGGGGCGCGCGGUACGGCCUAACCCGGCGGCCGCAGUGGGGGACGGGCGCACGCGCACUUUCGAUGCUCUCGGACACCGGACGCCCCCUCCUCCGCGAACUUUGAGCUUGCUCGGCCUUUGCUUCCCGCUACGCGGGCUCGGUGGAGGGGCGGCGGCGACUUGUGCUGAUGUGAGAGCCGGGCUUCCGGACUCGGGCGAGGGCUGCAUGAUGGAGCUGAGGUCCGAGUUCUGGGCAUCCCCAGCAAGUAAGGACAGUGGAAGAGAGGUUGUCCUGAUGAAGACUCUGAGGGCUAGUAAUGUUUACUUUCAUGACACAAAUGCAAGUGAAGGUGAUGUUGGCCUGGUGGACCCUGUAAAGCUGGCAGCCGGGUCUCCUCAUCAGAAUAAGCAUUUAGCAUCAGCUUCAGAGACAGUGUUGCCUGUGGAUGGAUUUUUAGACACUGAGACACGUAAAGUGUCCAUUCAAAAAAGUGUGGACGUGGCAUCUUUGAAGUCUGUUAGUGACAAUGGAUUUAAUUCCACCGAUGCUCUUUGGUCACCAACUAGUGCAAGGCACACAUGUGAAUCUUACGAGUUGGUUGGAAACAGCAAGGACCAAACGGAUCUACCACAGAGCGUUGUCUAUCAAAAUGAAGAGGGCAAAUGGGUCACUGAUCUUGCUUAUUACACAUCUUUCAAUAAAGAACAGGAUUUAAAUGUGUCACUAAGCAAGGAGCUCAGUGAAGACUUCAGAUCUGGCUCUGACGCAUUGGAUUUGAUUGCACAUGAUGAAGAAGAAUUUAAUAAAGAGCACCAAUUUAUGCAGGGCGAAAGUGUGGGUGUCCAGAACACCUCAGAGGCCUUGGGGGAUACUUCCUGGGGGGCUUCAGCCAAUUACAGUCUGUUGAGGAGGUCACUUAGCACGUCUGAUUUGGACAGAGACGACGCCAGUUACCGACGUCUGUCUUUGGGAGAAUUCUUUGCUCAAAGGUCUGAAGCUCUUGGUUGCCUUGGUGGAGGUUACAAUGUGAAAAGACCAUCAUUUGGUUAUUUUAUUAGAUCACCAGAGAAGAGAGAACCUGUUGCUCUAAUAAGAAAAUCAGACUUAUCAAGAAGUAAUUUGGAAAAAGAAAUGGUUCAUCUUAAUCACAGUCUAUUUGCAGGAGAUUUAAAGGCACAACUAAGUGAAGGCUCAGUUACACUUGAAGCUGAAGAACUGGAGAAUAUUUCACAAGUGGAUGAAAAUGAUGUGACUUUAACUGCCAGUAAAGGGAAAACAGAGGACACUUUCGCCUCAGACAGCAAACCCCAGAGAUGCAGAAGCGAGCUGCCUCGUGCUGGUGACUCUGUGCUCAGAAUCAGCACCAUUGCUUCGGCCAUUGCAGAUGCGUCUGUUAGCGCAGAUCCCUCCCAGCUGGCUGCCAUGAUCAAGGCACUUUCCAAUAAAACCAGAGAGAAGGCUUUGCAUGAAGAUGGUAAACAAGAGCUCAGUCCCACUGUGUCUCACUUCUUACCUCACGAUCUGGAAAAAAGUAAUGGAUCUAGCAUGUUUGACAUGGAGAAGUACCUUCAGAAAACAGAAAUCAGUAGAUGUGAAGGUGGACCAGGAGAACUCUCAAGAGCUGGUGUGUCUGAUAUUUGGGAUUUAUCUUUGUCCAAAGAGCAGACUACACGUGACAUCCAUGCAGUGGACAUGGGCACUGCUAGCAUAAGUGUAAGGGAGCCACAAGGUCUGGCAGCUGCUUUUUAUGGCGAAAAUGGAGCAAGCUCAAACCAGGCCUCAUUGAGGACAGUGAACUCUUCAAAUUCAGUUCUUACAAAUAUGAGAGGGGGUGCUGGAGUCGAUGUGAAGACACAUUCUGUUGAGCACAAAGCCCCAGAUGCUGGGGAUGGUGGAGACACUGCCUUGGCACCAGCUCUAGGCUCUGGUGGCUUCGCAUCAGUGAGAAACGCCAGGGUGGCUUCACUUUGGCUGUCGGAGGAGUGUGAAGUGAGACAGAAGAGCAGGGGAUGUCAGAGGCAGAGUGAGCAUGCCAGUGAGAUGAGCAACAGUGAGAAGCAUGUGACUUUUGAAAACCAUUCCUUAAUAUCACCAAAAAGUAUUGAUGUGAAAAAUUCUCCUGAGCACAGUGGACUUGGCUCAGAGGAUGACCAGGAUAGCUUCCGACCAUCCACGUCUCCACUGAGUCAUUCUUCUCCUAGCGAAAUUUCUGGAACAAGUUUGUCAGGGUGUGCCCUGGAGUCUUCUGGUUCAGCAGCUUGUCCAGAGGUGCCCCCUGGUGAGAGGGAGUCAUCCCAGCUGAUGUGCCCACAAUCAAGUGUGAGCAGGUUGACCUAUGUAUCUGAGCGGGACAGCUCGUGGCCCACCACAGCCUCAGAUCGUGGCCUUGAGGACCGCAAGAGCGAUAUCACCACUGAGCUGAGCACCACAAUUAUUCAGGCCAGUCCACUUCCAUCUCAGGAGCCAGCUGUGGAUAGGUUUAGAGAAGAAAGGCCAUUUCAAAGUCGAGCAAAAGGAGCAUUAGUGUACAUCACCCAGAAGAGCUUGGAUCCGGAGCAUGUGACUGAGACCACUUCUCUGAAUAGCAGACCUGAAAGAGGAAAACCUCGCUUGAGAUCCAGUUCAGAGCUUUGCUCCAGAUCUGAAGACGUGUCGGAAGCCAGUGUACUGGGUGUGCCCUCCGGCCCCCGUGAGGAGGACCAGCUCAGCCCGGCUCUUCUGAGCCACCCGGUCCUCCAACCCCCGGCCGCACUCCGCCUGCCCGCAUCCCGCCAGGCGCCCGUGGGCGCGGCUGGGAGGGUAACCCCUGAAGACGUGCCAGGUGGCCAGGGCUGUCACCAGAUGGCCUCAGCAGGUGGCUCUGCUCCCGAGACGCAGCCUGUGGCACCCACACUCACAACACAACAUCCCCCACCAGCCCCAGUGCCCUUUGCCCAGCCAUACCCGGGAACCCUGCCACAGAGCACCAUGGUCUGUGGGUGCUCAGGAGGCUGUCACCCUGCCAUCACAGGGGAGCACAUUCGGAGCGUGGCACCCAUGGGCAUCUGUCUGGGACAGAGUGUUGGCUCAGGCUGGAUGGGUGCCGUCUCCCUCUGUGACCUGUACCCGAGUGCUGUGAGUCAGAGCCUCUUGAGUACAGCAAAGCCUUUUCCUGCACAGGCUGCUGCCACCAGCUGUGGCAUUGAAUCUUGGGACUCAGGAGCAGUGACAGGAUUAGGGACCGUGAGCGUGCCUGAGGAGUUGAAGUUCCCACAUGCUUGCUGUGUUGGCAUUGCUUCUCAGACCUACCUCAGCGUGCUGAACCCCACUGACCGCUGGCUGCAGGUCAGCGUCGGGGUUCUCAGCAUCAGCGUCAAUGGCGAGAAGGUGGAUCUUUCAGCUUAUCCUUGUUUGGUUUUCAAGAAUAAAGUCAUCGUAAGACCUCAUGCCACAGAAGACAUCAAAGUGCUUUUCAUACCCUCUGAUCCUGGGAUUUUCAGAUGUAUCUUCAGUGUUGCCUCUUGGCCGUUUUCAGCAGAUGCAGAAACAGUAGUACAAGCAGAAGCCUUGGCGAGCAGGGUCGUUCUCACCGCCAUUGCUGAGACCCCCAUGAUCGAGGUGGAAACAGAAAAGAAAGAUGUUCUUGAUUUUGGUGACUUGACUUAUGGAAGUUGGAAAGCGUUGCCGUUGAAACUAAUAAACAGGACUCAUGCCACCAUCCCAGUCAGACUUAUUAUCAAUGCUAAUGCCAUGGCCUGGCGCUGCUUUGCCUUCUCCAAGGAGCCCAUCCACGCAGCUCUGAAGGUUCUUCCUUACGCCGAUGUGGUUGCUCAGCUGACAGCCCCUUCUGUGAUCAACCACAUGAUGCCCGCCAGCUCCGAUGGGCAGGAUCCAGAAUUUCUGAUAAUUUGGGUUCUUUUCCGUAGUCCAAAGAAACAGAUCACUUCUUCAGAGAUUCUAGACUCAGCAGAAGAAUUCUUGGCAAGAGUUGAUAUCGAGGUUGAUAGUCCAAACCCUACACCAAUCAUUAAAAGUAUCAGUCUUCGAGCAAGAGCAGGAGUAGCCAGGAUCCAUGCUCCGAAAGACCUCCAGACCAUGCACUUGUUGGCCACUGUGGCUUCCUCAACAAGGCAGUAUUUACCUUUGAAAAAUGCUGGGAAUAUUGAUGUCUGCCUGGAUAUCAAGAUCCCAGGGCAAGGAAGCCACUUGUCAGUGGAUCCAGAGAAGCUGUUCCUCAAACCAGGAGAAGAACAUGAAGUGGCGGUUUCGUUUACUCCGGAGGAUCCCGGAGCCUGUGAGGAAAGGAUCUUGAAAAUAUUUGUGCAGCCAUUUGGGCCUCAGUACGAAGUGCUAUUAAAAGGUGAAGUAAUUUCUUCAGGAAAUCAGUCUCUGACACCUGGAUCUUGCUGCUCUGAUAUCCCACCAAUUUUAUCAAACAAGCAGUUUCUGGCCUGGGGUGGCAUCCCUCUCGGUAGAACCCAGCUCCAGAAAUUGGCUUUAAGAAAUAAUUCCAUAUCUACCACCCAACUCUUAAGACUGCUUAUUAGAGGACAGGACCAGGAUUGCUUUCAGCUUCAGCACACAUUUGGUUCAGAAGAGCGACUUACCAGUAACUGUGAGAUCAGAAUUCGUCCAAAAGAGGACAUUUGCAUUUCUGUGUUAUUUGCACCUACUCGAUUAUCAUGUAUGUUGGCCAAACUAGAAAUUAAACAACUUGGAAUUCGAUCACAACCAGGCGUUAAGUUCACGAUACCUUUGUCUGGAUAUGGAGGAACAAGUAACCUGAUUUUGGACAAUGUUAAAAAAUUAUCUGACAGUUACAUGGUAACAGUGAAUGACUUAGUGCCUGGCAAAGAAAGUAGAAUUGUUUUUUCUGUUCGUAACACUGGCUCUCGUGCAGCUUUUGUUAAAGCAGUAGCUUUUAAGGAUUCUCAGAAAAAAAUUUUGCUGGAUUCUAAAGUAUUAAAGAUUGUUCCAGAUACAUUUGUGCUCAAGGAAAGAACACAAGAAGAUGUUACUAUAAUAUAUAAUCCAUCAGACAGCGAAAGCAAUUAUAAAACCACACAACUAUCAACUAUAUACUUUUUUGGUGGAGAUGAAAUUUCAAGACAGCAGUUUCGAAGAGCUGUGCUGCAAGACCCGGGGCUGGUGAGGCAGGCCCUGCCGGCGCACAGUGUGCUACAGAACAUCAACUUUGCCAUGGCCUUCCAGGAUGAGCUACAGGUCACUGAAGUCUACGAUCUUCCCCAGCGGCCCAAUGACAUUCAGCUCUUUUAUGGAAAUAUGCGCAAGAUUAUCCUUUCAGUAAUUGGCGAAUUUAGAACAUCCACUCCUAACAGAGAACGCCGUUCGCCUGCGUCCCGGGCUAGCUCAGAGCCUUCCAGUGACCCUGGCAGUUGUGGGAAGCAUGGGGGUAACGUUUCUUUGGAUGUUUUGCCAGUUAAGGGUCCUCAGGGCUCCCCGCUGCUUUCCCAAGCCAUUCACCCACCUCAGGACAGAUCGGUCUCGGAAGAAGUGUGGGCUGUGCAGCCUGAACACUUGGUCCUGGUCGCCCCUUCUUAUGAUAUGGGGAAAACUGGACGUUUCCAGAUCAUCAACCAUUCUGUUAGGUUACUGAGAUUUGAGCUGUACUGGCCGGCGCAUUGCCUGACAGUGACGCCACAACAUGGGUUUAUUGCGCCAGAGAGUAAGCUGCAGAUUCUGGUGAGUCCUAACUCCUCCUUGUCCGCAAAACAUGCAAUGUUCCCGUGGAGUGGCUUGAUCUACAUUCACUGUGACAAUGGGCAGAAGAAAAUUGUGAAGGUUCAAAUUCGAGAAGACUUGACCCAGGAAGAACUUUUCAUUCGUUUAACCUCCAGUGCCCCUGGAGUCCUUUCCCUGGGACCUGAGCCCUCAGUUAGCCAUCUGGUGAAACCGCUGACAAAACCACCUUCCACCAGGGUUGAGAUAAGAAACAAGACUAUUAUUUUUCCCACAACAGAACCUGGUGAAACUUCAGGAAAUCACCUGGAACUUGAGAAUCACGGGGACACGCAAGUGCGAUGGUACCUGUCAUCUCUAGCCCCUCCUUAUGUCAAGGGAGUGGACGAGAGUGGGGAUGUUUUUAGAGCUACCUAUGCUGUGUUCAGGUGUUCUCCUAUUUCCGGUGUCCUGGAAAGUCAUGGAGUCCAGACGCAGGCAGCUGGACCUAAUUCACCAUGGAGUUUAUGCCCCACAAGACGUGUAUCAGUUUCUGCAACGAGAGUUGGAGAAUCGAGGACGUUGAAAGUUAAUUUGCGAAAUAAUUCUUUUAUUACACACUCGCUGAAGUUUUUAAGUCCCAGAGAGCCUUUCUACGUCAAACAUUCAAAAUAUUCUUUGAGGGCCCAGCACUACAUCAACAUGCCCGUGCAGUUCAAGCCCAGGUCCACGGGCAGGUUUGAGGCUUUGCUGGUCGUGCAGACAGACGAAGGCAAGAGUGUGGCUGUCGGCUGAUGGGUGAAGCCCUUGAAAAAAGUUAACUGGAAGCUUUUUGCAAAGUAAAUGACAUACAUUAUAUCUUGGUAACUUUAUUUUUUCUGCACUACAAUUAUGCUCUUGUAUAUAUUUUGUAUGCUAAAUUGGAUGUCUGUAACUAGAUUUUUCUAUUUCAAGAAGGCUAAUCCCGAAGACCUGACGAAAAUAAUCAUGUGUCUAACCUACAAUAUGUAUGUAACUUUUACAGGGGAAAAAGAGUUCUAUUUUUGCAUUGAUUAUGAUAUCCUUAGUAAAUAUGGCAUAUAUUUUAGUUGGUAUAUCCAGAAAUAACUUAAUUUCCACUGAA